AAGCUAAUGAACUACGCUUACUAAAUAAUUGCACAUAAAAUAGACGCAACGUACGUGUAAUUGAAAAACUACUUUUUUCGCGAAUCUUCUCUCUCUGUGGCCACCCGCAAAGCUGUCCAUAAGGCACAAAGAAGACGUCAACACCAACAUUAACUGCGACGACGACGCCGACGCGCAAGUACGCUAGAAUAAAAACACUGUAAAAGAGAACUAUAAAAAUGGGAAAAGCUCAGAGCAAGCGUUCGAUUGACAUUACCACCGAUCCCAAGAAGGUUGGCGAAGGGGACGAAGUGGCAGGCAAAGUGGAGAAAAUCGAAGAUGUCGAUCAGAAGAUUGGCGAUGCGGCGGCACCGGCCGUAAAUGGCGAUGCAGCCCAGCCACAGGAGGGGGCGGGAGAGAAAAAGGAAACGGAAGACAGUUCUGAAAACGAUAAAGACUUGACCACCGAAAAGGCAGAAGCUAAGAGCGAUGGUGCAGCUGGCGACGUGGCUGCGGCGGCAGGAGCUGAAGGUGCGUCCAAGGAUGAGGCAGCUGGUGCCUCACCAAAGGAAGCAGGUGCCGAGGAAAUCUCACCUUUGGCCGAUGAGAGCAUCAAGUCCAAGUCCAAAAAGGAUAAGAUGAAAAAGAAAUGGUCAUUCCGUAACAUCUCAUUUGGCAAGAAGGACAAACAAAAGCCAGCCAAGACAGAAGAGCCGGCCAAGACGGAGGAACCAGCGACGGCGGCAGCAACGGCAGCAGCAUCAGCUGAAGCAGCGACCACAACGAAUGGCGAGGCGGAUCAGCCCGCAGCAGCAGCUGCAGAGCCUGUGGCGGCGGACGCGAAACCCACUGAGAAUGGCGCAGCCAGCGAGCAAGAGAAACAGGUGAAUGGCGAUGACAAGACGCCAGCAACGCCAAGCGAGGAAACGGCCAAGCCCAGUGCUGCUGAAGUUGAGACGACCACCGAGACGAAGACAAAUGUUGCCGCACCAAUUGAAGCUGCCGCCAAGGAAGCAGUGGCCGCUGCCACUGCUGCAGCCGAGCCCCUGGCUGCUGCCAUUGUGACCAAUGGUAGUGGAGGUGCCAUCGCUUCUGAAGUGCUGACCAAUGGGGAGAAGAACGGUUUGGCCGAAUCGCCUGUGGUUGAAUCCGUGGAGCCAGCAGCAGCCAACAUUCCAAGCAACAAUGGUGAUGAUGUGCAGCCACCCGCACCCCAUCAGAAUGGCACGAAUGGCGUUGCUGACAGUGCCACGCCUCCACCCACACCCGUUGCCGUCGAGUCUUCGGAGGCCGAGCAAAUUAAGAACAAGUCGCAAAUCGAGGUAAACCAAACAGUACCCGUAACAGAAACUGCAAAUGCAAAUGCACACAACAACAAGAACACUGUAAAUACCACAACAACAACAACAACAACAGCCACAACAGAGAACAACAACACCUCAACAACAACCACUAGCAUAACCACUGAGACCGAAAAAACCACCGAUACAGCAGCCACCAUUGCAGAGUUAGUUGAGACCCAAACAGAAACAGAAAUAGAAACAGAAACCACUAAACAAAUUAACACAGAAGACACAACAACAACAACAGCAAAUGACGACGAUGACAACACCACCACCACCAACAACAACAAAACCAACGAAACUAUUUUCAUUAAUAACCCCAAUUCCGAAGCGCAGGAUCAAGAGCAAGCUGCCGAGGAAGAGAAAGUGGUUGCUGCGAUAAUAGCGGCGGUUAGUAGUGAGCCCGAUGCUGAAGGUUUUGUUGUUGUUGUCCCUGAAACUGAAUCUCUUUCCGCUCCUGAGGCCAGUGUUGUUGUUGCUGCUGCCACUGCUACCGCUGUUGCUGCUUUAGGUGCUGAAAUUGGUGAUGGUGAUGCUAAAAAUUCUGAGAAUGUUGCUGGCGGUGAUGUGGCGACUGCUAUUAUUGCUAACUCUUCUGAUGUUGAAGAUGCUGCUGAUGAAGAUGUUGCUGGUCCGGGCGCGGAUGUUGAUGUAGUUUUAGUUAAGCCCAGCACACCGCCACCAUUGCCCAAAUCCCCGCCACCCUCGCGUGUUUCCGCCUUUGCUUUAACAGAUGCCCCUAUCGACCAAGAAGAGUAUGCAACAACAACGUCAUCACUAAUUCCACCGACGAGCGACGAGGACACAAAACAGCACCAGCCGCAAGUUGAAGAAGAAGAUGAUAAUGAAGAGUUGCAAACUGAAAUUGCUGAAAAGGCACAAUCUAUUGUCGAUGAAGUAACCGAAAAGGCUGUCGAAACUCUAGAGGAGCAACAGCAGCAGCAACAACAACAACAAGAUCUGGAAGAUGAAGUUGUUGUUUCCGCUGCUGCUGCUGCCACCACUGUGAGUGACGACAAUAUUGCCCAAGAGGUUGAAAGUGCAGCGCAGCAAAUUCAAAAUAUAAAAGCCUCGCAGUUGGAAGAUGCUGUGAUUGAUGCCUUUGUUGCCAGCAAAGAUGAUGUUGUUGCUGCCAUAGAGCAGGGUGUUGCUACCAUAGAGCAGGAUAUUGCUGCCAUACAGAAAGAUGUUGCUAGCAUUGAGCAAAAUGUUGCUGAGAUUGGGGACAGAUUACAAGCGACUGUUCUCACAACCGAAACUGAGAAUGCGCAAGAGAAGUUGCUCAGCGAUAACAAUGAUGCCGACAGCGAUAACAAUGAUAUCGAUUAUGCUAAAACAAAAUUGAGCGCAUUGCCGCCAGUCGAAAUUGAAGUUUCCAGCGAUAUCGAAUUAGAGAUUAACAACAAGGAUAUCGCUAAGGAUUUGAAGGAGAAGAACGCUGCGGCAGAUGUUACAACACAGGAACUGCCAGUUACAUGCGAAUAAUCCUACUCAUAAUUAUUAUAUAUAAUAUUACAUAUUAUUAAAAAACAAAAAAAAAAUACAAAAAACAAAAAUACAAAAUGUAACAAGAGAAAACAAACGAAAAACCAACAACAACAAAACAACGCAACAUAAAAACAGCAAUUAAAACGAUAAACGAGAGCAAGGAAUAAGCGAGAAAAAAAACAAAAAAAAGCAAAUACAUUUUUUAACAUUUACAUAUUUUAAUCAUUUUUGUACGAACUUCAUAUCCCUAAUCCAAGAUUACAAAGAAAAUAUACGCAAGCAAACGGCAGAGUAAACGAAACAACAACAACGACACACCUACCACAACCCACCCAUACAUCAACAAACACACCUACACAUACACACACACACACCCACACAUAUAUAUGCUUAAAGGUAUUGCGGCUGUAAAGUCGUCAGCGCCGAACUGAACGUUUUUUAUCAAAUGUUGGUCCAAAAACGAAUUUUUGAUGCGGAAAUUUUGUAAAUCUCCACAUUUCCACACACGCGCAUGCACACAUACACAACGUAUACUACAACACAUACACACACAACAACACGCAUACAUACCAUUCUCAUAUUGAUGAUAA